AGCGGUCGAGCCCCCGGUGUCCCAGACCCAGGCCAUAGGUGAGCAUGGCUGAGCAGGAGCCCACAGCUGAGCAGCUGGCCCAGAUCGCAGCUGAGAACGAGGAGGAUGAACACUCAGUCAACUAUAAGCCCCCUGCCCAGAAGAGCAUCCAGGAGAUCCAGGAGCUGGACAAAGACGACGAGAGCCUGCGCAAGUACAAGGAAGCCCUGCUGGGCCGUGUGGCUGUCUCUGCUGACCCCAACUGCCCCAACGUCAUUGUGACCCGUCUGACCCUAGUGUGUAGCACAGCCCCUGGCCCACUGGAGUUGGAUCUGACAGGUGAUCUGGAAAGCUUCAAAAAGCAGUCCUUCGUGCUCAAAGAGGGUGUGGAAUACCGGAUAAAAAUCUCUUUCCGGGUGAACAGGGAGAUUGUGUCUGGCAUGAAGUAUAUCCAGCACACCUACCGGAAAGGUGUCAAGAUUGACAAGACUGACUACAUGGUGGGGAGCUACGGGCCGAGGGCAGAGGAGUACGAGUUCCUGACACCCAUGGAGGAAGCACCCAAGGGCAUGCUGGCUCGGGGCAGCUACAACAUCAAGUCCCGCUUCACAGAUGAUGACAAGACUGACCAUCUGUCCUGGGAAUGGAACCUGACCAUCAAAAAGGAAUGGAAGGACUGAGGCCUGGCUGGGAGGUGGGCAGGGUAGACGGACAGACGGAUGGACGGACGAACAUGACCCUCCCCAUAUUCCUCCCCACCCCAAACCAAAGUGCUGACAGGGCCCCUCCCCACCACCUCCAUCCCCCCUCGGUCCAUCUCUGGAGAGCUCCUCCACCCACCUGUUCCCUGCCCUUCUGCCCAUAGGCCCCUAUGGUCUCUAGUGUCACGUUGCUGCUUCUGCCUGUGCCGUGUUGGGGUGGGGGGCUCCAGCCCGACCUCCCCCCAUUUCUGUCUCCAGGUUCCCUGGCUGUGAUCUCCCCCAGGCCCAGACUAGGCCCUGGCUCUCAGAAGGGCCAGGAGCUAUGGGGCUACAUAGCCCCGUAUCUGCCCUGGCUGAGCUGGGGUAUGCACUGCAGGGCCCUGGCCGGUCCACUUAUCCCUCCCUGGCCAGUCCAUUUGUCGCUGUCAGUCACCGUCUAACCAUGAUGCCUUAACAUGUGGAACAUGUGCUGGGGGCCGUCGCUAACCCUUAACUCUUGUCUGCAUGAGCAUGUGGUCUCCCUGUCCCUGCCCUGUCUGAUCCCACUGACCUGGGGAGGCCUAGGGUGUGCUGCUCUUGCUCCUGCCCAGCCUGCCAGGGCCUGGCCAGCCCUCUCCUUACUCCAGCCAGGGCUCGGGGAGGGCCAGAUUGCCAAAACCAAGCGCCUCCAGCCCCAUCUGGGAGGCAGGUGUGCUCUGCCUUCUCUGCCCCCUGGGCAGUGCUCACAUCCCCCUCCCCACAGGUAGCCCUUGGGGGACAAAGCCAGCUGCUGAGCCUUACUUGUCCCACCUGGGCCCCAUGGCCCUGAAACCUUGUGCCUGGCCUGUCAGUAUUUAUUGCCUCCAUUCAUACCGUCCUCUGGGCCAGGUGGCCUGCUGCCUCUGCCCUGGCUCUCAGUGCCACCAUCCCCAGGCAGGCCCUCCCUGGACCCAGCCAGGACAAACAUGGGACCAAGUGCACACACAGUUGGGAGCUGUUUCCUAUGUCUCCUCUUCCCCCUCCCCGGUCCCCAAGUGGUGUUUGUGAGGCCCAGGCCUUGACAGGCAGAGGAGCCUAUCCCUGCUUCUAUUCUGACCAGGAAAUAAACACCCCUGAAGG